AUGGCAGGCAAUGGCACCGUCUUAAUUAAUCCCAAGCUCUCCAGGUUUUUUUCUGCAACGAAGCAAGCAGAUGCGAGGAUGAUGUGUAUUCUAUUCGAUUGGGGUACCCAAUGCAAUCGAUGUUCGUUCGAUUUGGAUGGCUUGCACAUGUACUGGUACCGGUACAUGCAUGGCAUGUAUUUCUAUUCAUCUUCAGGGUCAGGGCUAUUUAUUUUGCAUUUCGAGAAAAAGACAGAAGGCAGGUUCGCUUUCUUUGCGAUGUUUUGUGCCAAUAAUGUGUCUGAUUCGACUGACGUGUUGCAGGAAGGCCUUACGUGUCGAUGUCGCUGA